UUCUUCAGGGCUUCAGUGGGGAUGUGCCUCCUGGCACACCUGUGUGCAUCUUGGCACCAGUGGGUCGCUCCCUGACGGCAAGCCCGUCCUUGUUCUCAGCCAGGCCGCCCCUCAGGUGUUUCCCUUCUCCAGCCCUCAUUCUCUGGGGCACACUGCGCUCUGCCCCCUGCCACAGGCCAGCCCCCAGCAAGAGUGCCACAAACGUCCCUCCUCCCGGGAGACCUUUCAUGUCCCACCAAUAUUUCCUCUGGAAAUGUGGUGCUCACACAGGGUCCUGAUGUCUAGGGUAGUUUGGAGUCUAAGGUUCCCGAUUUUGGUCCAAGAUCUUUCCCAUUCCUCCCUCCCUCCACUAAAGUUUCUUGACUACCCACCCUGUACCAGACCCUGUGCUUGAUGAUGACCCUGGAUGAUGAGAGGCCACCAAGACAGACCAGCCCCCGCCCUCAGAGCAGUUACAUCUAUUGGGGGUGGGUAGGGAGAGGGGAGGCAAUAACCAGAGUUUCAUGACUGUGUAAUGAACUCAGUCACCACCUCCAAGCCCCUCCUGCCAGACAGUUAAGGGACCAAGCAUCUGGGGCCUCCCUGUGGGACUUCAGACAACCUGUCCCCUGGGAGUCAGUCUGCACAGCUAUAAACGGGUCAGCCCUGCCACCUUGAGGUCCUAACAGAGGACUGGGCCCCAGUUAGAAGCCUGCUCUGAUGCGAGGGGUGGGUUUGCCAUCAUUUGAGGCCUAGCUCUCCACAUGACCCCUCAUCCAAGAAGCUUUCAGAAGAUAAUUCAACCCUCCUGAGUUCCUAUGGCCUGUAGUUCUCUCUCCUGCAGGAGCCCAUCCCCUUGUCAUUUGCAUUCUAAUGCUGUGCAUCCAUAUAUUAUUCCCAGCUGGGAAAGGGCACGAUCUUGGAGUCAAGUGGACCCAGCUGUGUGCACUUAGGCCCAAUGUCAACUUCUCUGAGCCUCAGUUUCCUCCCAUUCAAAUGUGGACAAUAAGAUUGAUAUUUGGAGGCUGUUGUGAGGAUUAAAUGAGAUAAUAUAUUGAAGCAACUAGCCCAAAGCUUGGCACAUGUAGCAGCCAACAGCUGGACUUAAAUCCCUCUCUUUGUAAUGUCUGUCUUUUCACAGGCAAACCUUUAUUCAAAUCCAAGCUCUGCCACCGAUGGGCCUCGUGACUGUGGAUCAUGAGUGUCUUGCUGUUCAUCGAGCACUCCGUGGAGGUGGCCCAUGGCAAAGCCUCUUGUAAAUUCUCCCAGACAGGCUACCUCAGGAUUGCUGACCUGAUCUCCAGCUUCCUGCUCAUCGCCAUGCUCUUUGUCAUCAGUGUGAGCCUGCUGGUCGGUGUGGUCAAGAACCGGGAGAAGUAUCUGCUGCCCUUCAUGUCCCUGCAAAUCAUGGACUACCUGCUGUGCCUGUUCACCCUGCUGGGCUCCUACGUGGAGCUGCCUGCCUACCUCAAGUUUGUCUCCAGGAGUCGGUCUCACCCCUCCAAGGUCCCACUGAUGACCCUGCAGCUGCUGGACUUCUGCCUGAGCAUCCUGACCCUCUGCAGCUCCUACAUGGAAGUGCCCACCUAUCUCAACUUCAAGUCUAUGAACCACAUGAAUUACCUCCCCAGCCAGGAGGGAAUGGCUUACAACCAGUUCAUCAAGAUGAUGAUCAUCUUCUCUGUCGCCUUCAUCACUGUCCUCAUCCUGAAGGUCUACAUGUUCAAGUGCGUGUGGCGAUGUUACAGACUCAUCAAGUACAUGAACUCAGCCGAAGAGAAGAGCAGCUCCAAGAUGCUGCAGAAGGUGGUUCUGCCGUCCUACGAGGAAGCUGUGUCUCUGCCAUCCAAGACUCCCGAGAUGGGCCCAGCGCCUCCCCCAUACUCCGAGGUGUGACAGUGCCAGGCCCCAGCCCUGGUGCUGGGAGGGGCGGAGCUGCCUCGCAAUCCCCUUUUUCGCUUUGGUGGCCCCUAUGGCCUGGGAGAACCACCCGGCUGACUUCAGGACAACCUGCUUGUGUACCACUUGCUGGCCUGCUUUUCCUACGGGGCCUGGGAGAUGCUUGCAACUGGGUCAACCCUUUAGGCUAAAUGAUUCCUUGGGUCUCUCAAAGAUUCGGUCCAACAACACCUGGCUUAUUUUGAUCAGCUCUGACAUUUGUUUAAACAAUUGGUCAUUCUAAAUUCAUUGAGUUUGGUUAAAUAACGUUCAGCUUGACCAGUUUAACCAAGCGGCUGACAAAUUAAAAACACGUGCACUCACUUGUCAGUUCAGUAAAAUAACUUAGUCAAACUACAGCAGUCCGUUGCACUGGUUUGUAAAUAGUUGUCAGUUCACACAGCAAUUAGUGACAUGACCAUCAAUUAGUCUAUAUGUUCACUUCUUCAAAUAGCUUGCUAAAUAGUUAUUGAGUCAGCCAACCCAGUCCAUUUAGAAUAGGGAUUAAAUUCAAUAAUAAAAAAAUCAGAUUGCCUCCCAAACAAUCCAAUCCAAUCCAAUCCAAUCCAAUCCAAUCCAAUCCAAUCCAAUCCAAUCCAAUCCAAUCCAAUCAUCCAGUCCAAUCCAUGGCUGCCCACUCUGGUCCAUUCAGUACUUCUGAGUGGCUGAGGAAUUGUUAAUUCAAGUGAAAAUUCAGACAGUUGCCAAACCGUCAUUCAACAGCUAGUGCCAGGAAAUAGCUGUAGUUUCAAUAAUCAUACAGUCCCUUGGAGCACACAUUGUUUUGUUUAAGAGUUGUUAUCAUCAAUGAUCAGUGACUCGUGGCCAGAGCAGUCACAUGGUCAAAGCAGUCACAUAGCAGUGGGCUCUGUGAAAUGGGUCGCCUCAACCACGGUCACCUCUAGUAACGAGCCGUCAGUCCAUUCCACAGCCCAGUCCAUCCAUCACCAGUUUGGUUGUAGGUGACCUGGUUCUGCCCGACGCUUGUGGUCAAGCAGAAAUUCAGCCCUGAAAUCAGGCGAAUCCAUUUGUUGGACUAAAUCCACAGGUUAGCUCAUUCAAAACAGGCAAACCCUUCGUGGGUGCAGACCUGGCCACGGGGGCUGCUGUUGCUGGAACUGCAGGGAAGUUUUGGCCCCAACACUCCCUCUUUUGCUCGCUUCCCGGAGGACUGGGGCUCCUGAGGGAGCUGACUCGAAGGUGGAGAUGGGGCGACAGGGGCAGGCUCUCUGGUGUCUGUUAGGGAGGUACAAAGGGAGAGGGCUGUGCAGGAGGCUCCCCGCCAACACCCGCUCAUGGAUUGCUUUGUGUGUGACGGGGAAGACGUUUUAAUAAAGCAGUGACAUGCUUCUCUC